GCUAGUGGCGGGAGGAGUAAAGAUGGCGGCGCAGUGGUCUCCGCCUUCUCCUCCUGGCUGAAGCCCUCUGAGGGAGGCGGCAGCGGCCACCCAACCCGCUCCAGCAGUCCACUAUUGGUACUUUCGGCAGCAGCUGCCGAGGCCCGAGCAAUGGCGGAGCUAGAGCACCUGGGCGGGAAGCGGGCAGAGUCGGCGCGAAUGCGGCGGGCUGAGCAGCUGAGGCGCUGGCGGGGUUCGCUGACCGAGCAGGAGCCCGUGGAGCGUCGAGGCGCGGGGCGGCCGUCGCAGACGAGGCGCGGGAGUCCGCGGGUCCGCUUCGAGGAUGGCGCGGUCUUCCUGGCCGCCUGCUCCAGCGGGGACACCGACGAGGUGAAAAAGCUGCUGGCGAGAGGUGCCGACAUCAACACCGUCAACGUGGACGGCUUGACAGCCCUGCACCAGGCUUGUAUUGAUGAAAAUUUGGACAUGGUGAGGUUUCUGGUGGAAAACAGAGCCAAUGUAAACCAGCAAGACAAUGAGGGUUGGACACCCCUUCAUGCAGCUGCUUCCUGUGGCUAUCUCAAUAUAGCAGAGUAUUUCAUUAACCAUGGAGCCAGUGUGGGAAUUGUAAAUAGUGAAGGUGAAGUCCCCUCUGACCUUGCAGAAGAGCCAGCCAUGAAAGAUCUUCUUCUGGAACAAGUGAAGAAGCAAGGAGUUGAUCUAGAGCAAUCAAGGAAGGAAGAAGAGCAACAGAUGUUGCAGGAUGCCCGCCAGUGGCUCAACAGCGGGAAAAUAGAGGAUGUGAAGCAGGCUCGCUCAGGGGCCACAGCUCUGCAUGUGGCUGCUGCCAAAGGCUACUCUGAAGUCCUCAGACUUUUAAUUCAGGCUGGGUAUGAACUCAAUGUUCAGGAUCAUGAUGGCUGGACUCCUCUCCAUGCUGCUGCACACUGGGGAGUGAAGGAAGCCUGCUCCAUCCUGGCAGAAGCACUCUGCAACAUGGAUAUCCGGAACAAACUGGGCCAGACACCAUUUGAUGUGGCUGAUGAGGGUCUUGUGGAGCACUUGGAGAUGCUCCAGAAGAAGCAGAAUGUGCUUCGAAGUGAAAAGGAAACACGGAAUAAACUCAUUGAAUCAGACCUGAACAGCAAGAUGCAGAGUAGACUCUUCAAGAACAAAGAGAAAAUGCUUUAUGAAGAAGAGCAACCCAAAUCACAAGAAAUAGAGGAAGAAAAUAAAGAAUCUAGCAGUUCCAGUUCAGAGGAAGAAGGUGAAGAUGAAGCUUCUGAGUCAGAAACUGAGAAGGAGGCAGAUAAAAAAACAGAAGCCACUAUCAACCAUUCCAGUCCUGAAAACAAGAGUAGCGUCAUGGAGCAGAUACCAUCACGAACUCAGAAUACCUUCUCUGCCUCUUCUGCUAGGAGAUUCUCUUCCAGCCUUUUUAGCAAGCCGGAAGAGCCCAAAGAUGAAUCUCCUUCUUCAUGGAGACUGGGACUCAGAAAAACUGGCAGCCACAAUAUGCUAAGUGAAGUGGCCAAUUCCAGGGAUGCUCUGCGGGACCGAGGCCUUUCCAUCUAUCGCUCUUCAUCAAGCCCCCGGAUCUCUGCUCUGCUGGACAAUAAAGACAAGGAAAGAGAAAACAAAGGCUAUUUUAGUUCACUAGUUCCCCGGAGACUCAGCAGCACAAGUGACAUUGAAGAAAAGGAAAACAGAGAAUCAGCUGUUAAUCUAGUAAGGAGUGGCUCCUAUACCCGGCAGCUCUGGAGGGAUGAAGGGAAAGGCAAUGAAACCCAACAGAAAAUUGCUCCUUCCAACUAUGUAUCAACCUAUUUGAAAAGUGCUUCAUUUGGUAGAAGUAGUGAUCCCACAAGUCCCUACAUUUCAGCCAAUCGCAAUUCAUCUUCUGCUACCUCACCCAUUACCAUUGGUUCAUCUACCUCUCGGGGCAGCCAGUGGCAACCUGCCUCUUCUUGCCCUGCACCAAUCAGUACAAACACUACUGCAUCUAUACAACCUGGCAGGACUCCUUACAGAUCCCAGGCUGAUUCUACUGCAGAGAAAGCAGCAGACAGUGUUUCUUCUGGUACCCCACUCUGUGUCAUCACUAAUCGCCCUCCACCUAACACUACCAAUGGGGUUACUGCUGCUUCUGUGCCCUCCUCUCCUGGAACAGACUCCUCUGUGGAAGGCAGGGAGAAGAGGAGGUCCUAUCUGACUCCUGUACGUGAUGAGGAAGCAGAGUCUUUACGGAAAGCACGUUCCAGACAAGCUCGGCAGACACGAAGAUCUACUCAAGGUGUUACCCUAACAGACCUUCAAGAAGCAGAAAGGACUUUCAGCCGGUCAAGGGUAGAGAGGCAAGCGCAGGAGCAGCCUGGAGAGAAGCCUGUAGACACUGAAGCACCAGAGAAGAGUACUGAGAAGCAGGAUCCCUCCAUAGCCCCAGCAAAGGAAGCUGAGGAAGGUCAGCAACCCCGGGAAGAGCCUGUCUAUCAUCACAUGAGGUAUCCAUCUCAGCUAGACAAGCCCACAACACCAGUGUCUCCUUCUACAUCAAGACCUUCAUUCUAUACCAGUUCCCAUCUGCUACAGACAAGCAAAUCUUCAGCCCCCGAUUCUGAGAGUUCAGAGACCACCACAAAUACUGCAACUGCAAAGGAAAUGGACAAGAGUGAGAGCAAAGAAGCAGAUUUAGAUGAUCAGUCCUCUGAUAGGCUUUCCAUCCGAGAGAGGAGGCGGCGGCGAAGAGGCACAGGCAUCAACUUCUGGACAAAGGAUGAAGAUGAGGGUGAUGUCCCUGAGGAGGUCAAAGAAACAUGGCAUGAAAGACUUUCUAGAUUGGAAUCGGGAGGUAGUAACCCCACAACCAGCGAUUCUUAUGCUGACCGGGCCUCAGCAAGAGCUCGUCGGGAAGCCCGAGAGGCCCGACUGGCCAGCCUGACCAGUCGGGUGGAAGAGGACAGCAACAGGGAUUAUAAAAGACUCUAUGAGAAUGCCCUCACUGAAAACCAAAAACUGAAAACAAAACUUCAGGAGGCCCAGCUAGAGCUGUCAGAUAUAAAAUCCAAGCUUGAGAAGAUGGCCCAGCAGAAACAAGAGAAGACCUCUGACCGAUCCUCAAUGCUGGAGAUGGAGAAACGGGAAAGGCGAGCCUUGGAGCGAAAAAUGUCAGAAAUGGAGGAAGAGAUGAAGGUGUUAACAGAACUGAAAUCUGACAACCAGAGGCUGAAAGAUGAAAAUGGUGCCCUCAUCAGAGUCAUCAGCAAACUGUCCAAAUAGAUUAGGCUCCAGGCUUUGGAGGAGAGGGAGAGCAUUUGCAGCCUCACACCCUCUUUUCCAGCCAUGGCUUUCCAGCCAAAAGAAGUGAACGUUUGGGUGGAAGGACUUUUCUUUUUUAACUCUUCAGUCACCUCUGCACUGUACAUUUUUCUCUGCACUCCUGAUUUUCCAUGCCCUCCACGCCCCCCACCCCAGAUUUUAUGACAGUUUUAAUUGAAGCAUGAUUGUGAUCCUUCAAGCCUUCUGGAGAAGGCCUUGUGGAGUAAACCGAGCUCAGCUGUGGACCCCAACUUUUUGCCGCACUGCUGCUUUAUCUACGUUGGAUUUGGUCCAAACACAUAAGGCUUUGUACCCACAGUCUUUACGCUGACCUUUACAGUGCCCUCUGGUGUAGGUGAGUCUUAUGGUAGCCAGUCCAGGACCCUGCGUAGGAUGCCAAGAGAAAGGGGAGGAUGUGGAAGGAACUGCAGAAUUGCCUCUGCAGCUGUAUUUCCUAGGGUCUUAGGUGGCCAUGACUGCCUCAAGGUUCUUUAUUAUGCUUCACUUCAGAAACUGACUUAUUUUUAGAUUUUUCUAUCCAUAACCAACAUCCCUGACUAGUUUUAACCCUUACUCCUCCCUUUCUCCAAAGCUCAGAUAGCCCUGACCUCACUUAUUCCUGUACUUUCUGUUUUAUUCUCCCUUCCUCUUGCCUCCUCCACUGAUGGUAUAAAAGCUGGAACAGAAUACCUGACAGUCGUCUUUGAACAUUAUAGUACAUCAUUACUCUGGAGACCAGAAAACCAUCACUAUCAUCAUCCUGGUAACUUGGUGACAGCAUCAUAACCCCUUUUCCCUGAAAAGCUAGACCUUUUCCCUGAAAAGCUAGAACCAUUGUUCACAUCUCCCAUUUGUCUUCCCCAGCAAAAUGAUUUUCUGUAUUAGAAAAUCUAGCCUCUGAAAACUCUAGGCUGCUUCGUCUCCCUUCUUCAUGCUCCUGACUGCUCUAACACCUAUUAAUGAGGAAUGAAGUCAUUGCAAGAAGGCCUGAGGAAUGGGAAGGCAAAUUGUUGGAAGCUGGCCUGGGGAGUGGAAGCAGCGUAGAAAGACAUAGGUGGUGAAAGCAGUGUGUCUGUGGUCACUGCAGCACUAUAGCUGUGCUGUGAGAAUGACGGUAAGCUUGAUUGUUUCUGAUGAUGGGAUUUAGGGAAGAGUCAUUUGCUUUCUUGGAAGCCAACAGGACAAAUGACUGCUAAAUAGAGGUUUAAAGAGAUGUGGUACUUCCAACCCAUGAUGAGAGUCGCGGAAUUUUAGAGAGACAAGGCCCAGAGGUCAUUUGGCCUGGCUUUCGGUUGUUCCACAGGGACUGCCCCUGCUACCAUAUAUUCCACCCAUGGUCAAGUAACCUCUGGUGGUUUGGGUGGGUAUGUAUUUAUUAUCUGAAAGUUGGACAGUUCUCAUAACCGGAGAGUGUUGGCAGGUUGAACUCAGCUUCAUGAGACAAGUGCUCUACCACUUGAGCCAUGCCCCCAGUCCUCAUGACAAACUAUUUGUGUCUAAUGUAUCUUUGUCCUGCAGACAAAAACAGCCUUUGAGAAUAUCAUGCCCCAAUAUAGACAGAGCGCUCCAUAAUUCCAACACAAUUAAGCCAUUAGUUCUCAAUGAUAGUAUUUGCUUCUUAUAGUUUUAUCCCUUGGUUCAUCUUGAGUGUACAGGUCACUUAAAGCCUCAUUUGAGAUUGCUGGUGAUGCUCAGUGUGGAUAGUGGUCUGUUCUCUUAACAUAUACUACCUCUGCUAGCUUCUUUCUGAAAAUGCAAUUUCCUUAUCGAUGGCCAUGCUCUUAAAGCAGCAGCUGUAAUUCAAGAUCCCAGUUCCAGAAUAGAAGCCCUGUCACCUCUGACAAGACCCUACGAGAGUGUGCAAUCUCUCUUCUGUAGUCACCCAUUUUUUUCAAGAGAAGCUACUUCUCCCUUGGGACUUUGAAUUAUUAGGGGGCAUUCACUGCAAGCUUGGUUCUCACGGAAUGCUGAGCGAGAACGAACAGCUCUAUUUCUUCCACUAUAAUAAUUUUCUUCGUUCUAGGAAAGGAAGUCAACAAGGCCUUGGCUAAGUGAUUCUUUUGGUCCAUCUUGGGCAUGGAGGAAGAAGGGAUUGCUGCCUCUUUCUCAGGACCUGAAACUUAGAUUACUAGGAAAACAUUUCGAGCCACCCUCAUUCCCUGCAGGCCAGAUGGAGGAGUGACGGAGUUCCCUGAGGCCCUGAGCCUUCCCCAGAGUGGGGGGCGCUCUUAGAACCCAGGCUGGCCUCUGCUCUGCUUGUUGCUCCACACACCCUUGCGUGUUAUAGAUGCUUCUUGCCAGGGAGUUUUCCUCCCGUAAUGACACCGUACUCUGUAGCCAAGAACUCAUGAAAGCACAAACCACCCUAGGUUUCAGGUGCUUUCUCUUAAGUCAGUCCUUUUAUUUAAAAAAAAAACAAAGAAACUUGUGAAUCCUGGUCUCUUCCAGAGAACAACAUACCAUUUCUUCAGAGUUAUAUUGGCUGGCAGACCUAUGAGGGAGUGGUUAUCGGCCUUCUGGUAGCCAGCUGUUUUCUCAUGGUAUUGGCAGUGCCACACCUUUUUUCCUUCUUGGCCAGUGUCAUAUUGUGGGUCCUCCCAGUAGCCACGACUGCCCUCUUCACUGCUGGCGUGGUACUCACAAGCACCCCCUAGCACAGCAAGGCAGGUCUCAGGCCUGUCUUGGUAGAGACGUUACAGGAAACUAGAGAAGGGAAUGAACGCCCUCUGUUCUCCUUGAUUUGAGAUUUUUCAACUAGCAGGCCAUACCUUUGGGAACAAUGACUGGGCCACUCCAGACAUUCUCUGGCUGGAGUUUGCCUGCUUGGCUUUCAGGAGCUGCUGGUCCUUUUCAGACCCCUCCAGGGUGUGCUGACCCCCAGCCCAGCCCAGCCCAGCUUCUGUGAGGGCUAUGCAUGUCUCAGGGUGUUGCCUCCAAAAAUCUGAAGACCAGACAUGACUUAGGACCUAGUCAAUGAAUUUGUUUCUUUUCUAGGCCCAUUUAAUUCGUAAUUUCUGGAACCUUCCUGCCUUUACCCAACUGUGGGAUGUGUUUGCUUCUCUUCUGGGCUUGCCCUGAUUCUCUGCCAGCCCUUGCCCUGUUUAAGGAGACCUAGAUGCAUUUGUUGUUUGCCAAGACCACCGGUGUAUUGCACAUUUCUCUGAACCUAUUCUCCCUAACAAAACAAAGCUUAUUUUACAAUCCCAUCAAGAAGUGAGGAGGCUAAAGUCCCACUUACUAGUUCAUAAAUCCCAUAAAAGGCUGAGUAAACUACUAGCUGUUUUUCUACUAGGAGAUAUUAUAGAGCCAGGGAUGAGAGAAGACACUCACACAGCCGGGCACAGCCACACUAGGCUCUGGAUUUCUGACCAGUGUCUCGUCCAGACCACUGAGCAGAAGGUCCUGACAGUGUUAGCCCUCGUUAAGAGGUGGGCCCCAGUGCUGGGAAGGUGGCUUAUUGGUAGAGUACCUGCCUAGCAUGCAUGAAGCCCUGGGUUCAA